AUCUAUUUCUUCCGCUUACGCUCCUUGUGUGCGGUAGAACACAAAACCCCCAAUUGGUCCAUCCCAUACCACCUACCCCGGUUGAAUCUCUCCCCUACCCGAUCGCAGGCCGAUCGGUGGCGGCGAUGGUGCGGGGGCGGGGGCGGGGGCGGGGGCGGCGCGACAUCGAUUGGUAUACCGUAUUUCUAUCCUACUACUCUAACGACGGUGCGAUCGACGCUAGCACCAACUCCCUUGCGCCAGCGCCUAACGACGGUGCGAUCGACGCUAGCACCGACUCCCUUGCGCCAGCGCCGCAAGCCCCCACAUCUCCAGGCAGCCGCCAAAGGUCCGAGGAGUCGCGCAGCGAGUUCGAGCGGUGCUUUGGUGUGCGCAGCACCGGCGUGCAGGUGGAUGAUGGCGCACCCUUCCGAAUCACCCGUCUAGCGGGCAAGGCUGCUGUUGAUUUUGGACGGGAUAUGGAUGUUUCUUCUACUUCUAAGAGCGUAUGUGAUUUCAGUCCAGUGGAUGAGGAUGUGCAACGGGAACAUGUGAGCCAGGAACACCGUUCAAAGUCAUCUCCAAAGUUCAGUGGGCACAAGAAGAAUUGUGGCCAGCUACCCUUGAAUAAAAGGAAAAGCCAGGGCCAUGGUGGAAAAAGGAAACCUUCCAUGAACAACGAGAGGGCUGAUGCCACUGAUCCCGAAGAGUCCGAUUAUAAAAGUUUACUUCCCAGUAGAUUCUCUAAAAGGAGGAAGCAACAGCUUCAGAAUUCAUCUUCUAUUCAUUCUCGAGAGGUUCAAGAUGUGGUUCUACUGGAUGAUGAAGAUGUAGAAUCUAAGGAAGACGUAAACUGUGAGAUGUCUGACAGAAUGAAUGAACCUAAGAUCUACUACCCAUCAAGAGAAGAUCAAGAAGCUAUCGAGCUCACGAGAUCUGAUAUUAAAUGUCUUGAUCCUGAAGUAUUUUUGUCUUCACCGGUGAUAAACUUCUAUAUCAAGUACAUCAAAAGGACCAGAUUGUGUAACGAAAAUUUCAGAGACAAAUUCUACAUAUUUAACACACAUUUUUUUGGAAAGCUUGAAGAAGCAUUGUAUAAGCCGCGUGACUUUCCAAAGUUGAGAAGAUGGUGGAAAGGUGUCAAUAUAUUCAAUAACGCAUACAUCAUCUUGCCGAUCCAUGCGAAGGAACAUUGGAGCUUGGUAAUCAUUUGCCUUCCUCCAAAAGAGAGAAGUUCAGAACCAAUCAUACUUCAUCUGGACUCCCUAGGGAUGCAUUGCAGUAAUAAGAUCUUGAACAUAGUUGAGAGGUACAUUGAAAAGGAAUGGCGCUUCUUAUCCGUUGCAGAGCAAGCAUGGCCGUGUCUUCUAAGUGAUAUACGCAAGGAAACUGUCCAGGUUCCACAGCAGAAUAAUGCAUACGACUGUGGUAUCUUCAUGCUUUAUUAUAUUGAACAGUUUAUAAAAGAGGCACCAGCAAGGUUCACAACCGAUAAACUUGGCAUGUUUAGUCGCAGUUGGUUCAAACCAGAAGAAGCAUCUGGUCUAAGGCAGAGAAUAAGAGAGCUACUGCUGGUAGAAUUUGAAAGUGCUAGGCUGGAUCAGUGUUGCAGAAUCAGUGUUGCAGAAUCAAGGGAGAGAAUAAAAGGCAUCGGUGAUUCAGAAUCAGAUGAAGCAACUGGGGAGGUCAUUGGUAGCACGCAAAUUCCAGUUGCAGUUAGUGACAGCGGUGUGAAAAGAUCAGAGCAGAAUGAGGAGGCCACUGGUAGUAGCAUGCCAAUUCCGGAUGCAGUUUGUGAGAUCACUGGGACCAAGGUGUGGAUCACAAGAGUUUACAGACCAACAAGUGGAACAACGUUGGACUUGGACCCUGGCAAUGGGCGUUGGAGCAGCGGCGGAUCCAGCAGUAAUGCACGCAGGGCAUUCAUAGAACAUUUCUCUCGAAAAUAAUAAGAACCAAGAGCACUAUUUGAACUAGACAUCUUUGUUCAUUGUUUUAAAGAAAACAUGGUACCUCUUGCGUUCUCAGGAAGAUGGGAAAUAGUGACAGAUGUUGUAUGCUAUUCUGAGGUGCCUGUUGUCGCUGGCCAGACGUUGAGUCCAGUAAGGUCAGGUACCUGUUGUUAAUUUGUUUAGAACCUUUCAACAAACCGAAAACUUAGCAUGCACUGCUUGGCGAUGCUUGA